CGAUAUGUCCUUUACAUGAUUAAUAGAGGAACACGUCAACAACAAUCCAAUUCAACUAAUUUACUCAUGAUAAACAAUCCGCAGUAGACAAAUAUGACGUCUAUCAUCAAGUUUUGCGCGCUUUCGGGCGCGCUUGACGAUUCACCACAUUCGUACCUUCUCAAAGUUGACGAUUUCACUUUCUUGCUGGACUGUGGAUGGGAUGAAAAGUGUUCAGAAGGAUUUAUACAUGAACUAAAGAAGCAUGUCAACAAAAUUGAUGCAGUGCUUCUAUCCUAUCCUGAUCAGCUGCACUUGGGAGCUUUGCCAUAUGCAGUUGGAAAACUUGGACUAACAUGUCCAGUGUAUGCAACAGUUCCUGUUUACAAAAUGGGUCAGAUGUUUAUGUACGAUUGGUAUCAAUCCAAAGACAACAUGGAAGACUUCGAUCUAUUCACUCUGGAUGAUGUUGACAAUUCGUUUGACAAAGUUGUUCAGUUGAAAUACAGCCAAAGUGUGCCUCUCAAAGGAAAGGGACAAGGAUUGAUCAUCACACCCCUUCCAGCAGGGCACAUGUUGGGAGGAACUGUGUGGAAAAUAGUAAAAGAUGGGGAAGAAGAUAUCAUUUAUGCUGUUGAUUACAAUCAUAAAAAAGAACGCCACUUAAACGGUUGUGAGUUGGAGAAAAUUCAGCGACCAUCUCUUCUCAUUACCGAUGCGUAUAACACCCUUUACGCGCAACCCAGAAGGCGAAGUCGUGACGAAAAGCUCAUGACCAACAUUCUACAGACUCUUAGAGGAGGAGGAAACGUCCUUGUUGCUGUCGAUACGGCUGGAAGAGUUCUCGAAUUGGCUCAUAUGUUGGAGCAACUAUGGAGAAAUCAAGAAUCUGGCUUGAGAGCCUACAGUUUGGCUCUUUUGAACAAUGUGGCUUAUAAUGUCAACGAGUUCGCCAAGUCACAGAUCGAAUGGAUGUCAGAUAAAUUAAUGAAAUCCUUUGAAGGGGCCAGGAAUAAUCCAUUUGGAUUCAAAUAUUUGCAGCUGUGUCAUACAUUGCCAGAAGUCCUCCGUAUUGCUGGCUCAAAAGUUGUUCUCUCAAGCUGCCCAGAUCUGGAGUGUGGAUUCGCCAGGGAUUUAUUUGCCUUAUGGUGUUCUGAUGCAAGAAACUCUAUCAUUCUAACCAGCCGGUCAGGACAAGGAACGCUGGGCCAGCGGCUACAUGAUCAGCGUAACUUGAAAUCUGUUACGCUCGAGCUUAAACAGCGAGUCAAACUAGAGGGUGCGGAAUUGGAAGAAUUCCGUAGAAAAGAACGCGAACAAAAUAUUUUAUCCGGGAUAAAAAUAAAAGAUCAGAUUGCGGCGGAGUCUAGUGAAUCUGAAGACGAAGUCAAGAAAGGCCGACAUGAUAUUGUUGUCCGGUCCGACGAUAAAACGACAGGAGCAGUGCAACACUUUUUUAAAAGUUCCAAGAAACAUCCUACCAUGUUCCCAUAUUUUGAAGACAAAAUCAAAUUCGACGAGUAUGGCGAAAUUAUCCGCCCGGAAGACUACGUCAUUGCCGAGUCGGAAGAUCACGAAAUGGCCGACUAUUCGGUUGAAAAGCCUAAAUGGGAAGAAGAGCCGGAAGCAGAGUGCCCUACCAAGUGCAUUUCUACCACAACGACCCUAGCAAUCAAUGCAAGCAUCAUGCAUAUUGAUUUCGAAGGACGAUCUGAUGGUGAAUCCAUUAUCAAACUGAUUGAAUCGAUGAAACCGAAACGAACCAUCGUCGUCAGGGGAUCAUCCGAAUCCUGUCAAGCACUGCAAAAUUUGUGUCUUUCAACGGGAUCAUCUGAUAAUAAAGCAUUUAUAGCACGAAAAGGGGAAACAAUAGAUGCAACUAUUGAAAGUCACAUCUACCAAGUGAGGUUGAAAGACUCUUUACUUUCUUCACUUUUAUUCGGUAAAGCCAAGGAUGCUGAAGUCGCUUGGAUUGAUGCAAGGCUAACUUAUCAACAGGCAGAGGAUUUGAGGGACUUGGACGAUAAAGAAAAUAAUUCGCUUCGUAAAGAACAAGCUCCGCUGUUAGAGCCUUUAGAACCUAAAGAUAUUCCUGGCCACGAAACAUCGUACAUCAACGAACUAAAAUUAUCGGACUUUAAACAAGUACUUGUGCGUAAUGGUAUCUCGUCCGAGUUUAUCGGUGGUGUUCUUUGGUGUUGUAACGGUAACGUUGCACUGCGUAGGAAUGAAUCGGGUAGAGUAACUCUCGAAGGCUGUAUAUCCGACGACUAUUAUCGCGUCAGAGAACUACUUUACGAACAAUACGCUAUUAUAUAGGGUAAUAAGGGUUACUUAUGUCUUUUUUAAAUAACAUCAGUACUGAUACGCAUCUUGAUGAAAGCUUCCAUCCAUCAUUACACCUGCACUCCUUUCUCUUGAAAUAAAAUAAAUCCGCAAUUUUGUGAUAAAGAAUGA